CCAGUCCAAUUGUUUUUAUAGUUCUAAAGCAGCAGCCAUAAGGAAUAGUUGAUACAACAAUGACACACAAUUCCAGUUGAAUAAUCAUACUUUCUCCUUGAGAAUCAUGAUUAGUUGUAGAAAAACUCAAAAUUUCUGAUCAUAGCUUCCUCGGUCACAGUAAUGGGGAACCCUUUUACUCUGUUGGUGUUUUUCUUGGGUUUUCUUCUGUCUUCAAUACAGUCCAAGCUUGUUGAAAAUGAAGAUGCUUCAAUUCAAUUCAUAUCGUGACUGAAGAUGCAUCUUCAUCACCACCAAGGGGUGAGGGAUACAAUUGAUAAUGAGAAUCAUUGGCCAAACACAUAAAUUUGUUAGUGAAGAUGCAUGACUGAGGAACUUCACAUGGACCAUUUCAUAGGUUGCUCUCCGCGAAAUUAUUCAAACAAUGGGUGCCACACAGUGGAAGUUUGAUGACGUUUCCUGUCAAGUUGAAAUGGUUGGGGUAACACCACAUUUAGCAUUCAAUUCUGAGAGCGACAUUACAUGUGAUUGUCAGCAUGAGAACAAUACUUGCCAUGUUGUAAAAAUAGUGCUCAAGGGUUUAAGUCUUCCUGGCGUGCUUCCACGUGAACUAGUGAAGCUUCCUUAUCUCCGUGAAAUUGAUUUUGCCUAUAACUAUCUAUCUGGCGGAAUACCUGUGGAGUGGACUUCGAUGCACUUAAACUCUAUCUCUCUACUUGUGAAUCGGUUGUCUGGAGAAAUCCCAAAGGAGCUGGGGAAUAUCUCCAAUCUCACUGCCCUGAAUCUCGGGGACAAUCAAUUUACUGGCAAAGUUCCUGAUGAGCUUGGGAACUUAAUGAACUUGAAGAUGUUAGUGCUGUCCUCAAACCAUUUAAGUGGAACACUGCCUCAAACACUUGCGCGCCUGAAGAAUUUGACGGAUUUUCGGAUUAAUGAUAAUAACUUCGAUGGAGUUAUACCAGAUUAUAUAAAAGAUUGGGAGCAUCUUAACAGAUUGGAAAUGCAUGCAAGUGGGCUUCAGGGGCCUAUUCCAUCAGCAAUAUCCUCUUUGAAUGGACUAACUGAAUUGAGAAUAAGUGACAUCUAUGGAUCCACACAGGAAUUUCCAGAUCUGCGCAAUAUGCCUGGCCUAGUACGACUUGUGCUGAGGAAUUGUAACAUUGCUGGAGAGUUUCCUCCGUACUUAUGGAAAAUGAAGUAUAUAAAAAUGCUAGAUGUUAGCUUCAACAACUUAGUGGGAGAAAUUCCAGAUGACGGGAGUUCCAAUGACUUGAAGUUUAUAUUCUUGACAGGCAACAUGCUUAGUGGAAGCAUACCUUCUUCUUUGUUGCAAGAUGGAAGGCACAUUGAUCUGUCCUACAAUAACUUCACAUGGCAAGAUCCUGAGCAGCCCACAUGUAGACAAAACACGAACUUUAAUAUAAACUUAUACCGGAGCUCUUCUACUGGUGUCAGCUUAAAAGGACUGCUCCCUUGUUCAGAUAGUUUUGACUGCCCUCGAUAUGGUUGCUCUUUACAUAUUAAUUGCGGUGGAGAUGAUCUUGUAGCAGAGGAUGAAAACAGAAAGUAUGUCUAUGAAGGAGAUGGAGCUGUUGGAGGUGGUAUCGCCACAUAUUUCAGGAACAAUAGAAACAAUUGGGGAUUUAGUGCUACCGGUGACUUCAUGGAUGAUGAUGAUUCGCAAAGUAUACGUCAUGUGAAAAAUUUGCCUGGAAGCAAUUUAUUUAAUUUAUAUGCUACAGCACGAAUCUCUCCUAUUACACUUACUUAUUUCGCUUACUGCCUGGAGAACGGAAAUUAUACUGUAAAAUUGCACUUUGCUGAGAUUCAGUUCACGAAUGACAAAACAUAUAAAAGUCUGGGAAACCGUGUUUUUGACAUUUACAUCCAGGACAUAUUAGUGCAGAAGGAUUUUAACAUUGAAGGUAAGGCUCGCGGUGCCGAGAAGCCAGUAGUCAUAGUGUUUAAAUCAACUGUGACCAACAACUCUUUGGAGAUCCGAUUUAACUGGGCUGGGAGGGGGACAACAAGGAUUCCUACCAGAGGAGUUUACGGGCCUCUAAUUUCAGCUAUUUCUGUCAAUCCUGUUUUCAGACGCUGCUCCAGGGUUAGGAACAAAAGAAUUGUUUAUAUCUCUGUAGGAAUCAUCUCCUUUUUGUUUCUGGUCUUUGGUUUGCUUAUUAUUGUCUGGUGGAAAGGAUGCUACAGAGUCAGGACAACAAGAGAUGAUCUUGGAGGACUGCAAAUACAAGCUGGUGGGUAUACAUUAAACCAAAUCAAAAGCGCCACAAAUAACUUCAAUCCCUCGAACAAAAUAGGUGAAGGUGGUUUUGGACCUGUUUACAAGGGAUUGUUGCCAGAUGGUACUCUUAUAGCUGUGAAGCAGCUUUCAUCUAAAUCAAAGCAGGGAAAUCAUGAAUUUCUCAAUGAGAUUGGCAUGAUUUCUUGUCUGCAGCACAAAAAUCUUGUGAAGCUGCAUGGAUUUUGUGUCGAAGGGGAUCAACUGUUGUUAGUAUAUGAAUACAUGGAAAACAAUAGUCUUGCUGGUGCUUUGUUAGGUCGUGGACAAAGUCAGAUUUUCCUGGACUGGCAAACAAGAGUUAAAAUAUGUCUAGGAAUUGCUAGAGGUUUGGCUUUUCUCCAUGAGGACUCAAGACUCAGGAUUGUUCACAGGGAUAUUAAAGCUACAAAUGUACUGCUUGACCAAGAGCUGAAUCCCAAAAUUUCUGAUUUUGGAUUGGCUAGGCUUGGUGAGGAUGACAAUUCCCAUGUCAGCACCCGAGUAGCAGGAACAAUUGGAUAUAUGGCUCCAGAAUAUGCAAUAUGGGGUCACCUAAGCUAUAAGGUUGAUGUCUAUAGUUUUGGAAUAGUGACGCUGGAAAUUAUCAGCGGAAGAAGCAAUAGCUGUUAUGUGCCAACUGAUGACUUCUUUUGUCUUUUAGAUUGGGCAUGUCAUUUACAGCAGAGUGGUAAUUACUUGGAACUUGUUGAUCAAAGGUUGGGGUGUAACUAUAACAUAGAAGAAGCCGAGAAAAUAGUAAAUGUGGCUCUCAUAUGCACUAAUGCUGCCGCUUCUGAAAGACCUACUAUGUCUGAGGUGGUGAACAUGCUUGAAGGCAAAAUGGCAAUACCAGAUGAAGUUCCAGAUUUCCGAGCUUACACUAAUGACCUGAGAUUUAGAAGCAUAAAAGGUAUCUAUCAGCACAGAGAAACACUGAGUGAAUCUGAGACUUAGCAAUGAUGCAUUCAGAUACUGCUGCAUCUGGUACAUAUUAGUGUUAGUUGCUCCAACCUUUUUCAGAGUGCGCCCUGCACAUUGUUAUCGGGUACUGAGGCCCUAGCAAAGUCCUUGAAGGCAUUGGUACCCCCUUCUUAGUUAUAUCUCCAGAUUUCUAAGCACUUAGCCACGCAGUAUCUUGUUUGAUUAUGGAGCAGAGGUGUUUUGAACUAAUAUUAGUUAGAAGCAUGGAACAAACUGGUUGAUUUGUGAUUAAUUAUGAUUCUUCUACUGUGUAAAGGGAGCCACUAGGUAGUGAUGUAGAUAAUACCUUAUCAUAGAUCAUAAGUACCAACCCGCAUUAUAUUACUAAUCAAAAUAAAUGUAUUAUGGUUUCGUUGUAUGUAAAAGUAUUCGCUAGUUGAAUAGGUUGAGAAUUUACUCCUUACUCCAUAUCGAGUGCAAAUAGGGAAACAUUUUAUUGAUAGAGAUCAUUUAUGUCAAUCUGCGUUUCAUUUCAA